AUGGCGUCACGAAAGUUGCUUUUGCUGGGAGGUACAGGCUUUGUGGGGACUCAUGUGCUCCGCAAGGCCCUGCAGCGUGGAUGGAAAGUCAUCUGCGCCUCACGCGGCGGGCUGCCUCCGGUGGGGUCCCCACUUUUGGACGAGGCCGUGCUGCGGCACCACCACCCGCCAGAGCGGAACCCCACGGACGCUGCCGAGGGCAUCGCGGGGGAUAUCACAACCUUUCAUAGUCCCCUGGAGUUUGUCUCACUUGACGCCACAAGUCGAUCGCAGGUGUUCCACUUCCUGGAGGACCAUCCUGACGCCACAGCCGUUGUGAGUUGUAUCGGGCACUUGUCGCGUGACCACGUCGAGGCUCGACGCAUCUGUGGGGAUGCAAACAUCAAUAUUGCUGCCGCCGUGUAUGAGCGCGGCCAAGGGGUGCGGCGGGUGGUGCUUGUCUCGGCUGCGCCACUUCAUGAGUUCCUCCCUCUUCUUAGCAGCAGGUGGCUUCUUAAGGGAUACUUCUACGGCAAAAAAAUUGCGGAGCGGGCGGUGUUGGAAAACCUGGGGGAUCGGGCGGUUGUGCUUUGCCCUAGCUUCAUUCACGGCACGCGCUACGUACAGAUGGGAGAGGGAUUCAUUCCGCUACCCCUCUGGCUGCUGGGGCGCCCACUGGAGGCCGCUCUGCGACCGCUGCACCGCGAUGGUUUGCUGCUGCCUCCAGUGGACGUCGACGUCGUGGCGGAGGUGGUGGCACGCGCCAUUGAGGGGCAGGCCCCUGUCGGGGUGUUGGACUACUACAAGAUGCAGGAGCUCUGCAGGGAGCAGCCCCCACAGGACACCUCGGAGAUAAAACAGAAUUAG